AUGGCUAACCAAAAGACGGAGGAUAUCAAGGAUCUAAAAGCCUUCCGCUACAUGCAGCGGCAGCGACAAGACUACUUCGACCAGUUCCGCAGAGGACUGAAUUAUGGUCACCCCGGCAACGAGGCAUUGAUGAAACUGCAAGUCCCCAAGCCUGGGAAAUGGAAGGGCUACCAAAACAAACACGCAAGGCACUUUAUCUACAAAAUCCAGGAGGUCUGGGACGAAGCAGGUCCUGGACAGACCAGGCAGGCUGCCUUGGAGGCUAACGACAGACUGGCUGCGACUAUGGCGGUUGCUGACUUCAGGCUGGUCAAGGUUCUUGGCUGGGGUGGUUUAGGCGUGGCCAGUAUGUACGACGCCGUUGGCAAGGACAACAAAACGCUACGGGUCGUGUGCAAAAUUGACAUCUUUCCCCAUUACCCGUGUAUCCCCCGUGAGGUCAAGGCCCACCUCAUGACCGCGGGCGCGAAACACGUCAUGCAGCAGGUUAUCUUGCAGGCUGAGGGGGAUAUAUCUGAUGCCGCGAUCAACAGACUGGGAAUUAUAGCGAGGCAGACAGCGGCUGGGGUGGAUAUGACUGUGCCUGCGUCUAUUGAUAGGGGAGAAAACGCAAACGUGACCCCAAGGAUGGCGAUGGCGAUAAUGAUUUUUGAAGUGAUUGAGGCGGUGCCAAUUGGCGAGUUUGAGGAGCUGGAUUUGAACGAAAUCAAGCACGACAUGAAAGUAGACGCGAGAAAAGAGCUGGAUGCGAACCAGAGGGUGCUGUUUAUUCAGUUUAUGAAUCGUGGGCGGUUGGACGAUCAUAUCUGCAGGGCUGUCAUGACCAGGAGGCCGUUCCCGACUCUGGUUUUGUGGCAAGUGUUUGAUUGUUUAUUUCGCGGUGUGAUAGGAAUGGCCUAUCCUGUAGCCUUUAUGCCUUGGGACGUCGACCCGAGCAAAGUACAGGUCCCCGAAGUAUCUGAAACAGCAAGAGGUCUCAGACCACUCGAGUCCUACGAUAACAGAGACACGAUGGUCCAUUAUGACAUCGACCCAUUGAAUAAUUUGGGCCUGAUCCACAUCUACAACGGGAAUACCAGCGCCUGGGUCUACUGGAAUUCGAGAGGCAGAGGCAAACAAUCAGAACAAUUCUCUGAAGAAUGGGAUUACAUCAGCGGAAACCCAAGAACGAUCAAAUCCGAGACGGCUGGAAAUUUUAACUGGUGGAUCAACCUGUAUCAAAUCGCACUUGUAAUCUGGCAAAUGGUGUCCCUCUGUCACGCAGAACUUUCACCCUCGCCUGAAAAGAUCACUAUCAAAAUGCUCGACGGCACCGAAACGACCGCAUAUGGCUUUGGUGGCUACAUCCUCAACGACAAGAAGUUCAAGCACAUCGACCGUGACCUCCGCGAGCUGAUCAAUCAGUGCAUGCUUCAUGUUCCCGCCAAGCGCCCGACGAUGGAGCAGCUUGAGAACCUUCUCCGAAGCAAGACGAACAUCCAGGGUGUGGACCCGCAAAACCAGGAACAGGUGGAGGCGCAGAGAUACUGUGAAUGGCUGUUCAGGGGGACUCCGGCGCCCAAACCGGCGCAGCCAGUUGACCACAAACUACCGGCUGGGCUGGGGGGUUGGACGGUCAAGAAUGUGGUAGAGGAGCAAAAGAUUUGGCUGGAGAUGCCCGAGGAGGCAGCGAGAAGGAAGGCGCUGAAUAAGGCUGCACAGACGAGGCACAUGAACCCGGGGAGGGUGCUGGAAAAUAGGUUCGGGAUUGUGAGGGAGGUGAGGAAUUUAUGGGGGGAUUACUUCAAGAGGAAGUGA